AUGGCGGUGCUCAGGGGGCAGAGUCCCAGUCGGCAGUUUCAGUGGAAGAAGGAAGAUGAACAUCUUCAGCCCAGCAGCCACCCCAGCAACUCCUGUGCUCUCUCCCUUUCAGACUCCCUGUAUGUCUCCGAGUACUUCUCUCAGAGCGCACAGAAGCUGUCCUUCUACAGCUGGUAUGGGAACGCCAAGCUCUUCCACUUCCACGUCCCAGAAGACACUGUGCUGCUUCGCUGGCUCCUGCAAGCGUCCCGGGGGAAAGGACCUGAGUGCACCAGCAUGGAGAUCACAGUGCACUUUCGCUACGGAGCCCCUCCUGUGAUCAAUCCACUGGGCACUCGUUUUCCUGCAAACGCGACCGUCCGUCCUUCCUAUAACAUAAGCAUCACUCUGAGCAGCGCUGUGCAGAACACCACCUUUGUGAACGUCACCACCCCUGCUGCCGGAGACUGGUUCAUCGCUGCCCAUCUCCCUGAGGCUGCUGGCAGGAUUGAAGUGAAGGGUUUCUCCACUCCGUGCCCCUAUAUGUUUCAGGCAGAUAUGUUUGUGCUCAGACUCACUGAUAUGCCUGUUCUGGAGCCUGGUGUUCCCAUGCCACAAACCAUCGUCUCACCUGCUAAGCCACUGCAUGUCAAGGUCUUUGUUCCCAAGCACGCCGCAGGGAUGCGGUUUGAGCUGCGAAGCUGCGUGACAAGCGAGCAAAAAUCAUGCGCUGUGCGGGUGGUGCUGGGCUCCAUCAUGCUGCCUCAAUCCUUCCAGAGGAUCAUCACCUGCACGGGGAACGUAAACUGCAGCCUGGCCCUGGAUUCGCCUCCCUGGGAGAAGUGGCUGCAGAUCAUGCUGGAGAGUCUUGGCGCGGCCAGCGCGAAUGUGUCGGUGGAGAUGGUGGCUUCCUUCACAGCUUGCAGACCAGGUAGUACAAGUUCAUUCCUUAACUUCAGCAGUCUAAACCAGAGCCAAGCUGGUCCCCGACCAGGUAGUGCAGGAGCAGCAGGGAGCUCCACUCUGCCUACAGGAGCCUCACGCAAUGUGUCCAACAAGAGGAGCUUCUGUCUGCAGAACCAGCCUGUUGUUCGUGAGGACCUGGACGUCGUGUCUGUGCGCUACAGGCUCUUGAACGGUCCCAGCGUGCCCGUGCACUCCAUCUCCCCCACCCUCCUCCUCCUCAACCUGAACACUGGCAUGGACAGCGGGGGUUCCCUCGUGGUCAGUCUCCUGCUUAACAAGACGUCCGUGAGCCUGGGCAACGCCACCGUGGUAGCGUGUGUGAGUGCUGCUUCGCCGGUGCUGUCCCUCGCUGCCACACAGAACUGCAGCACAGCUUUCUUCCAGGGCUACCCUCUGAGCGUGAGCACGUCCUCAGCAGAAGCGAUGCUGAUUGUCCUGUACCCGCAGACGGAUGACUGGUUCCUCUCCCUGCAGCUCAUCUGCCCCAAGGGCCAGGGUGAAUGUAACGCCGCAGAAGCCAAAGUGACCGUCUUCGCAUACCUCACCCCCUGCUUCAACGACUGUGGGCCGUACGGGCAGUGCAGCCUCCUGAGAAGACACGGCUACCUCUAUGCUGGCUGCAGCUGCAAGGCUGGUUGGGGCGGGUGGAGCUGCACGGACGAUACCAAGGCCCAGUCUGUUGGUGCACAGAACCUGGCCACCCUCCUGCUAACCCUGAGCAACCUCAUGUUCCUGCCAGCAAUAGCAGUUGCUAUUUAUCGCUACUACCUGGUGGAGGCCUCCGUCUACACCUACACCAUGUUCUUCUCCACGUUCUACCACGCGUGUGACCAGCCAGGUGUUGCAGUGAUGUGCAUCAUGGACUACGACACACUACAGUACUGUGACUUUUUGGGCUCUGUGGUGUCCAUCUGGGUGACGAUCCUGUGCAUGUCCCGAGUGAAGAAGAUCCUGAAAUACGUCCUUUUCGUCUUGGGGACCCUGUUAAUUGCCAUGUCCCUGCAGCUGGACCGCAGAGGGGUGUGGAACAUGAUGGGGCCCUGCCUCUUUGCCCUCGUCAUCAUGAUUGCUGCGUGGGUUUACCACGGAGUGAAGCGCAGACACUGCUACCCCUCCUCGUGGAAGCGCUGGGUUUUCUACCUCCUCCCAGGGAUCACCUUGGCUUUCAUUGCCAUCUCAGUAUAUGCAUUCAUGGAAACCAAUGAGAACUACUACUACACCCACAGCAUCUGGCACGUGCUGGUGGCUUGCAGCGUUGCUUUCCUGCUUCCUCCCCGGGACAAGCAUAAGAAGCCCUGGGCCUGGUCACAGAAGCUCACUUGUCGCUAUCAGAUCUGCCAGAACGACCGUGAGGAGCUCUAUGCUGUGACCUGAACUGCGUGGCUCCUGGCCGCAGAAGUGGGGGGCUGCUGGGGUUGCUCUUUGCCUGGGCUGCCCCGCUCUCGCACGUUGGCAAUCCUCUUCCGUGCUCAUUCGCUGACUGGGAGAGCGCGGUAUCGACCGGGUUUAAAGAUGAAGGUGGUGCCCUUAUCUUGUGAAGGCAAGUUUGAGGCCACCUCUGCUUUUCUGCUGGGAUGGGGUCAGGCUCUUCAUGGUUCUAGAUCAAGGAAUAGCCUGUCCCCCAGCUCCACAUGGCCCUGGGGGAAAUCGCCAACCCUUCUUCCCCUCCUGCUGCGUCCGUGAGGCUUGGGCAUAGCCCAUGCUGAGCUGGAUCCAGGACUUUGGCUGCUGGGCUCUUCCCUGCACGCCCUGUCCUGGCAGAGGGCUCUGGGAUGGGGAUUUCCCCUGCCAUCCUGCAAUCAGCAUUCGAGCCGAAGAGAACGGGUUUCUUCUGAUCUGAGGGGGCAAGUGAUGCUGCAUGCCCUUGGCGCUGGUGGGGAGGGAAGGAGCUGAUCUUGGCGUGUGCUGGGCCCUUGGCCACUGUCUCCAUGGGGGGCUGGAGCCUCUCCCUGUGAAACAGGUGGUGCUGUUCUUACCUGUUCCUGAUUCAGGGUGGUGGGUGGGAGCCGGGGAGGAAAAUGAGACUUGGACUUGGGCCCUGUGUUCAGGAUCAGUCUUGGCAGGAAUGUGAAAAAGCCCCGUGUGGGGACAUGCAAGAGGCAUCAGUAGCAUCUUGCCCAGAGCUGUGAAGCCCCCAGCAGUGCAGGGUUUAGUUUAAGUUUAACUUUAGCCCUCUUAGCUCAUCUGGCAGGAUCCAAGCUGCUGUGCUGUCCUCUUCCUCUCUCGAUGUUCAGGUAUUGACUGUCUUCCUCCCUUCUGUGGGUUUGGCACGUGUACAGAUCUGCCUGGGGCAGUGUAGGUGGUCCAGGAUGGCGACUCAGCUGCCCACCCCCUGCUCCUCCAGCCUGCUGUGCCUCAAAGGCUGAAUGUGCUGUGGAGUCCUGGCCGGUCUGAGGCCACCAGCGAUGUCCCACCGCAGCCAGGAGCAUCACCACAGGCUCCCCAGAUGGCUACAGUCUCCCUCGCAGCAUCUGUCUCACCUUAGCCUUACUAUAGGGCACACAGGCAUCAGAAAGCAAGGACAGAAACUUGGCAACCAGGAAAGCUGUCUUUGCCCGUCCUCAGCCUAUAGAUAAGGGCUCAAAUACAUCGUUUCUUGCUGGCUUAUUCCAGCUGUGGUUGGUCUGGUGUGCGCUGCUGGGAGCCCCUCCUCAGGUGGCUUUGGGGAGGAAUGAGCUAUUGAUGAAGGAUUUGCCUCCAGGUUAUUUCUUUGCUUUGAGGAGCGCCCAGCCUUCUGCUCAGCUCUGCACUUUAUCCCUCUGCCUCCCCUUCCUCUGCAAACUCCGACUUUUUAAACAGAUGCAGGACAAGCAAAGAGCACUGGCCCGUGCCCAGCGCUGUCGUCCCCACGUCCCACGACAGCAUGGCGGGAAGGGGGGACGCGGGGCCCUCAGGGCUUCCUCAAACUUUUUAUCACUUUUAGGCACUUUUUUCCCUGACCCCGCCUCAGUUUGCACAGUGGUGUUGCAGCCCAGGUGCUGCCGGUUCCCAGAGAAAGCAAUAAUUCCUUUCCCUUCAAGGGGCUUCCGCGCUGCCAAGCAGGAGAAGCUUCGGGGCGAGAAAUCCCGCGAACGCGAUUGUUUGUUUUGUGUUUGAUUGUCGAAAUUCUGCUUUUGUCCUCCACCCCUGCGCCUGUUGGCCCUGACACGAGGUUGUGUCGGUGUCUAGGAGGGGGGAAGGGGGGUGGUGGUGUUAGUUAAUUAUUUUGGGUUAAAUCUGAGCGAAUUCCUGUGUCUGGGGGGGAAAAAAAAAAAAGGUUGUGGGUUGUUUUGGUGGGUUUUUUUUUUGUUUUCUUUGCUGUUCGUACCUGUGAUUAUUUUAUAUGGUAAAUUUUAAAGCUUACAGUUUUAUAAUUUAAUAAAGGUACUUGAGGGCAAA